AUGUCUGACGCACCACUCGACAACCCGUUACCACCUAUAACCCCGCUUUCGAAACAGGCUGAGCAACGCUUAACGCGUGAUAUGAAAGCCCUAAAGCAGCAUUACUUGAGGAAAAACAAACUCUUGGACGCCAUGAACUUCAACACCUCUGUAUUUAUUCCGGCAUGUCUCCAGCAGAUUCAAGAGAGGCGCAAUGCUGCUUCUGAGAGAAACAAUGAGCCGACUGUCGAAGUUUCACCUGCCAAACAGCAAGCCCUGGGGCAGAGUACAAAUUCUGAGCAGGAAGAAUUCGACGGCCUGGUUUUAUCAGAAGAGGAUAUCCAAAGAGCCGAUGAACGGCUUCGUACUCUACAAACACAGGCUAAUAAAUAUGACACGUGGAUCAGAGAUUGUCAGGAGAGGAUCGACAAUGAGGGAUACCCUACACAAGUUGUGAUCCUUCGACGCAACCUAAACCGUCUUCGCAAAACCAAUCUUGUGUUGCUGUCUCCCAAGGAGAUAGAAGAAUUGAACGUUUUGGUUGGAAGAUUUCUGGUUGAGGAGCAGGAAGAAGGUUGGGCAUAA